AUGGCUGUCACGAAAUUGGAUUCGGGCUCUGAUAAGCCCAAUACGCUAGAAGUCCACAAGGAGGCGACCGACAAGGAAGAUGCGAGUUUGGUAAAGAUAAGGGCUGGCGUGAAAAGGUCAACAUUGAGCCUCGAAAUGACUUUGGUUGCUUCAUUAUUUAAAAGACCCGUUCUGGCGGCCCAAAAACCCGAUAAACAGAUAAGAACAACCUCAACAACAGCCUGGAACGUGAGAAACGUGAUUUGCUGA